AUGAGGACCAAAUCCAAAAUUUGGAAUUACUUUGAAAAAAAUAGUACUAUAACAUCAACAGCUGAUACUGAAGAAGUUUUGGAUGAAUGUGUUGAUGGUCCUUUGAGUUUGAGUAAUAUAAAUUGUGAUAAACCAAAUAAUAAAGAAACUAAGUUAAAAAGAAAAAUUGGAACUUUGAAACAAAGCAAAUUAAAAGUGAUUUCUCCUUUAGACAAGAAAACAGUUGAAAAAUAUAAACAUGCUAUAGGUAUUUGGAUGUUCACUGAUAUGGAGCCUUAUAAUUCAGUGGAAAGAAAAGGAUUCAAACAUUUACUAUCAGUCUUAUGUCCAAACUUUGAAUUACCCAGCAGGAAAUACUUUUCUGACCAUAAGAUUCCUCAAAUGUAUGAAAUUGUAAGAAACUGUUUAAAGGAAAAAUUAAAACAAGUAUCAAACAUUUCACUGACAACUGAUUACUGGACAUCUGUAAAUGGAUAUCCGUUCAUAGGAUUAGCGGCUCAUACUAUUAAUAAUUAUUGGAAAAUUGAAAGUUUUUGUUUGGCGUGUACUUCUUUGAAUGUUGACCAUAACAAUGUAAACAUUAAAAAUAAGAUAAAAGAAAUUUUGAUUGACUGGGAAAUUGAUGAAUCUAAAAUUGCCGGAAUAACAACAGAUUGUGGAAGUAACAUUUUGAAAGCUGUGGAAAGUUUAUCAUUUAACCAUGUACCUUGUUUUGGACAUGUCUUAAAUACUGGGGUAACCAAUGCAUUUGCAUUACCACCUGUUAAGUUAUGCAGUGAAAGUGAGAUCAAUUUUUCGUUACAGUCCCAAAAUGAAACGUUCUUUGUUAAAUGCUCUGGAUUAAUCUAA